AUGCAGCUCUCCAAAGCACUCUUCGCGCUGGCGUCGCUCGUCGCAACCGUGACCGGCUCAGCGACUCGUUCGGCAUCAUCCCUCGAAACACGCCAGGCAGGGUGGCCCGCCUGCCAACGAGCCCUCAACUGUACGUUUGACCAGAUCCAAGCGUCGACCAUGCAGGACCGCCACACCUACGUCCGGUACAUGCAGAGCACGUUUUUCGGCCCGCUCAACGCGGCGAACCAAUUCCGCGCCAUCGAGGGCGUCAUCACCUUCUUCAUCAGCAAGAACCUCGGCGCCCCGGACAGCUGGAUCAGCUACGUCGACACGGGCAUCGUGGAGGCCAUCCAGCGCGGCGGCGCCAUGGCUCUGGGACUGAGUACCGAAACUGGCGGCAAUCCGGGGACCACACUGUGGCGAGAUUUCCUGGUCGGCAUGAGAGACGGGGAAUAUACGACUAGAGAGGCCCACGAUUAUGCAUGGGGUCUCGCCGAAGCGACAGCGACAGAGUGGUCCAAGGCGAAGAAGGCCGACAUUCUGGCCUCUGCGCCCGCGACCCGUCGAGAACUCAACUGGUACCAAUUCACGGUCCUCUUCCGGUGGAUCAUCCGGCACGAGUCCGAGACGAUCCUCGUGUUGAGGCCCCUUUUUUGGACAUCAUCCGACGACUUCGUGUAUUGGUUGACUGAUGUGACGAGGUCAGAGCCCACAGUCUACGGGUCCGAGGCCGCGUGGGCGAUCUCAGGCACCUUAAGCUUCUCGUUGGGCGGCUUGCUUGAGUUCUCGCAGGAUAUUCUUGAUCUGUUGCGUGUGCUGUAUGAUCGUUGGAGCGACCUUUUUUGA